UUGGAUGGAGGGGGAGCUCUUCAUUUCUGUCUGUCUGUCUCUCGCUCGCUCUGUCUGUUAGACCUGGGACUAGCUGAGUAGCUGUCCCUGAGGUGGGCGCUGGAGACAUCCGCAGCUUCCUAGAAGCUGGGGGCAUCGUCCGGGAUUGCACUCAGACUUUUUUUAAAAAAAGAGCAGUGUUUGGGUAACAGUCUCGCCCUCCGUUUUUUUUUCCCUGUUUAUGGAUAGGCCAUGGCUACCUUGGUCUGCAGGGUCCAGUUCCUCGACGACACCGAUCCGUUCAACAGCACCAACUUCCCGGAGCCCACCCGACCCCCGCUCUACACUUUCCGAGAGGACAUCUCGCUCAUCAAUCAGAUCCCGGGGCUGCACCGACUGCUUCAAGCUCCACACAAGCUUGAUGACUGCGCCUUGCAGCUGUCCCACAAUGGUACCUAUCUCGAUUUGGAGUCUAACUUGGCUGAACAGAAAGAUGAAUUGGAAGGCUUCUUGGAAGAUCCUGGCAGAGGAAAGAAGCACAGCAUGAUCCUGCGUACACAACUCUCAGUCAGGGUCCAUGCUUGUAUUGAGAAACUCUACAAUUCUUGUGGCCGGGAGCUGAGAAGAGCCCUGUUUUCACUCAAGCAGAUCUUCCAGGAUGACAAGGAUUUGGUUCAUGAAUUUGUCGUUGCUGAGGGUUUGACAUGUUUGAUAAAAGUAGGAGCAGAAGCAGACCAGAACUACCAGAAUUACAUAUUGAGAGCUCUUGGCCAGAUUAUGCUGUAUGUGGAUGGAAUGAAUGGGGUGAUUGACCACAAUGAAACUAUCCAAUGGCUCUACACACUCAUAGGAUCAAAGUUCCGCCUGGUGGUGAAGACAGCCUUGAAGCUGCUGCUGGUGUUUGUGGAAUAUACUGAAACAAAUGCACCACUGCUUAUUCAAGCUGUCACUAAAGUGGAUCACAAGAGGGGUGCACAAGCAUGGUCAAACAUUAUGGAAAUACUGGAUGAAAAAGAUGGAAUUGACACUGAGCUUCUGGUUUAUGCAAUGACUUUAAUAAAUAAGACAUUGGCAGGUUUGCCUGAUCAAGAUUCCUUCUAUGAUGUAGUGGACUGUCUGGAAGAACAAGGGAUGGAAGCUAUUUCACAGAGACACUUGAACAAAAAAGGAACUGAUUUGGAUCUGCUGGAACAAUUCAAUAUUUAUGAGAUGAGCUUGAAGCAUGAAGAUGGUGAUGAUGACAGCGUUACUUUAAGCGGACGCAAGGACCGGCGAAGAUCAAGCCUCGGUGUGAAUGAGCGGCGUGGUUUAGAACGAAGGAGAAGUCGAAGACAUUCAGUGCAGAAUAUCAAGAGCUCCUUGUCUGCCCCUGCGAGUCCAUGCAGUGCCCUGCCUGGCCAGUUAAGCCCAUACUUCCUCGUGUCCAAUGGCCAGAGGCAUGAUGAUCUCAGCGAAAACAAAGACAAGGCUCAGCUACACUACGGGAUCUACCAUGCCGAUGAACCAAACCAGUCAGAUGAUGUAUUUGAGGCAAAUCUCUCAGAACGCGAUGCAGACGAGGAAUACGAAGAGGAAGAACCUGAAGAAGAGCAGCCAGUUACUGAAUCUAAUACUGAGGAUGAGAGGGAAGAUGAUCCCUCUUGUCAGGGUCAGGAAAGUGAGUUGAAGCCAGAUGCAGCAAUUGAAUAUGCAGAAAGUAGUUUCCAGCGUUCAAAAUAUGUAGCGAGCUUUAUCCCUGUGCCUGAAGGGGAAGGAUCUUCCAGCCAGUUCCAGACUCCUGAACUUAACAACCUGCUGUCUAGCUGUUCUCCUAAGUCACCUAGUUCUCUCAGCAAUUACCAACAUCAUUUGCAACCGUCAUCGUUUUCUGCUUCAUCAUCAUCACCAUCAUCAUCUACUGUCAUCCGUCAGUCACCAGCUGUUCCACAAAACAGUUCUCAAGAUUCAUCAGCAAACGUUACUCCAGCUUUGUCUCCAAGUGUUGAGAAGUUACCAUAUCUCAUCCAUACACCUUUCCAUUUGUUUUCGUAUGAUCUGAGUGAAACUCCUAAAAGUGUCAAAGAUAAAGAAGCAGAAAUUAGGGACAGCAGUCAGCUGGAAUCUUCCUACAUGAACAAAUACACUGAUACCUUUGAACCUUAUACCUCCAGGUCUUCUAGUAGAUACAGCAGCUAUGGCAGCAGUGCCUUCGCAGGAUCUCGAUCUUACUCUGGGCUUGCUUCCCCCACCGCCUCCAGCUCUCGUUACAGGACCUCUCUCUCACCUGCUCCUGAGGCAAAAUCUGACAGGCCAGUGCUGGGAGGUCUCCUGUCCUCUUCGUACAGACAGCAUCAAGAGUCACUGGCAGCAGAGCGAGAGAAACGGCGUCAGGAGAGGGAAGAGAGACUACAACGGAUAGAACGUGAAGAAAGAAACCGAUUCAAUCGGGGAUAUAUAGAAAAACGAGAAGAACAAAGACUGGCAAGAGAAGAAAGAUAUAAAUACCUGGAAAAACUAGCAGCGGAGGAAUAUGAGAAGGAAGCCAGGAGUCGGGUGCCACGGGCACGGAGCGACCUUUCCCUCAGCCUGAGUUCACCUGCUGCCCCGUCAUCCCCUGUCACGAUCUGCAGGACUCCCUCACCUGCAAAGCCUCAGGAGGAGCCUGAGCCUUCAUCCACACUGUGUGAGCCACCGCAGCCUACAGAACUCUCUGCCAGUGAGCAAGAACCUGAGCCUGAGCCUGAGCCUGAGCCUGAACCAGAGCCUGAAUCCGAAGUCGAACGUGAAACAGAGGUAGUCGCUGAGUCAGGACCUUCGGAGCUGGAGACUGGGCAGGGAGCUGAUCGUGAGCCUGAAGAACAUGCAAUCCUGAGCGAGAAGGAGAGACAGAAUGAAGAAGUGAAUGAGAAAGAUAACUGCUCAGCGUCCAGCAUCUCAUCAGCCAGCAGCACUUUAGAAAGAGAGGAAAGGGAAGACAAAGUAACCAGCGACAAUGAAACUGGUAAAUGGACACAAAGCAUUAAGGAGGUCAGUGUAAAUGAGCAGUGCAGCAACAUUCUCAAUAACAAGCGAUUCAUGCUGGACAUGUUGUAUGCGCAGAACAAAAAGACAGAAGAUGGCGAGGAAACAGAGCUUGAGAGAAAAGAGGUGGAAAAACAAGAGUCCCUGGCCACUCUGGCCAGCCGCAUCAGCAUUCUCCAGGCCAGCAAGCAGGCUUGUGAGGAAAAAGUGAAAAAAAUGGAGAUUGACCAUCUGGAGAACCACGGCAGUGUGAAAGCUUUCACUGACAAAUUUAACAGUGGGGAGCUGAGUAAAGGGCCACCAAUGUCUGAUUCUGAAAUGACUGCUAAGGCCGUGGAUAAAGUGGCUGCACAGCCAAAAAAGGAAUCCGAUUACAUUUGGGAUCAACUAAUGGCCAAUCCGCGGGAGCUAAAAAUUAAAGAUAUAGACUUCACAGACUUGGAGGAGGAUGAUGAUGUAGAUGUGUUGGACAUGGAGAACCUACUUAAUUCUGGAGAUGCAAUAAUUCCGCCACCACCCCCUCCCCCGCCUUCUUUUCUGGGUUUGCCUCCACCGCCCCCUUUACUCUACUGCCCACCCCUUCCCCCAGCACCCGGGGUUUCCACACCCCCACCUCCACCCUUUGGCCUUCACCAAGCUGUGGGGUCGCCCCAUCUGUCCAGGAGUGAGCCAACGUUUAUCAAGAAGAAGAAAACCAUUAGACUAUUCUGGAAUGAAGUCCGACCGAUCAAUUGGCAAUACAAAAACCACAAGCGAUGCCGGGAACCCCUCUGGACCCGCCUGGAGCCUGUCAAGUUGGACGUAUCCAAACUGGAGCAUCUGUUUGAAUCAAAAUCCAAGGAAUUGCCAGUCACUAAGAAAACGGCUGCAGAUGGGAAGAGACAGGAAAUCAUUGUGUUAGACUCCAAACGGAGCAAUGCCAUUAACAUUGGACUGACCGUAUUGCCACCACCAAGAACAAUUAAGACUGCAAUUCUGAACUUUGAUGAAUAUGCCUUGAAUAAAGAAGGUAUAGAGAAAAUCCUGACCAUGAUUCCCAGUGAAGAGGAAAAGCAGAAGAUCCAGGAGGCCCAGUUGCUGAAUCCCGACAUUCCUUUGGGUUCUGCAGAGCAGUUUCUUCUUACUUUGUCUUCUAUUAGUGAACUCUCAGCCAGACUCCAACUCUGGGCCUUCAAGCUAGACUAUGAGACAGUUGAGAAGGAAGUUGCGGAGCCUCUGCAAGACUUGAAAGAAGGAAUGGACCAGUUAGAAAACAAUAAAACUUUAAGAUACAUCCUGGCAACAUUACUGGCUAUAGGGAACUUCCUAAAUGCAUCAAAUGCAAAAGGUUUUGAGCUCGGGUACUUGGAGAAAGUACCAGAAGUAAAAGACACAGUGCAUAAGCAAUCACUGCUGCAUCACACAGCAACUAUUGUGGUGGAAAAAUUUCCAGAUAGUUCAGACCUGUAUUCAGAGAUUGGGGCCAUCACAAGGUCAGCCAAGAUCGACUUUGACCAGCUUCAAGAAAACCUUUCCCAGCUGGAGCGGAGGUGCAAAGCCUCAUGGGAUCAUCUAAAGGCUAUUGCAAAGCACGAAAUCAAACCCAGCCUGAAGCAGAAAAUGUCCGAGUUUCUGAAAGAUUGUGCUGAGAGGAUCAUCAUUUUGAAAAUCGUACACAGAAGAGUAAUGAACAGAUUCCAUGCUUUUCUACUCUUCAUGGGACAUCCUCCACAUGCAGUGAGGGACGUGAAUAUUCACAAGUUCUGUAAGAUCAUCAGUGAGUUUGCUCUCGAGUACCGUACCACGAGGGAGCGAGUAUUACAGCAAAAACAGAAACGCGCCAAUCACAGAGAAAGAAACAAGACCAGAGGCAAAAUGAUUACAGAUACAGGAAAGUUCUCCAGCAACACUGAAACUGUCUCGGGUGAGAGCCAGCCGCACGGAUUGCAGUCUGCCGAAGAGGCAGCAGAACAUGAAAACAUGAAAGCUGUUCUGAAAACCUCCGUACCAUGUGGCGAAGUCACCACCGCUGUGCCAGGGGUGCGGACCCGAACAAGAGCCAGCAGAGGCCGUGUUGGGUCAUGCACAGCAGGCAACGAUGAUUCCCCAAAUGCCACAGAUGACGCUGCAGAUGAAAUAAUGGAUCGGAUUGUCAAGUCAGCCACUCAAGUGCCAAAUCAGCGAACUGUGCCUAGAGAGAGGAAAAGAUCACGUGCGAACAGGAAGUCUUUGAGAAGAACAUUAAAGAGUGGCCUGACGCCAGAAGAGGCCAAAGCAUUGGGUUUACUCACCACCUCGGAGAUGCAGGUGUGAGGUGACUGAGCAUGAACUGAGGCAGGAGACGCCACUAAUGCCUGGACAAGGCACAGCUAGAAACAUCAACUGACAACCAACUGCUGCUCCUGACGUUCGGUCAUCACCAACCGCCCCCCCCCCCCCCCCCCCCC